AUGUCAGCCAAGAGGGCGGAACUGAAGAAAACUAGCCUGAAAAGGAACUACAAGGCAGUUUGCCUGGAACUGAAGCCAGAGCUGACACAGAUAAGUGAUUACAAAGGAAUUAAACAAGAAGGGCUAUUCAUCAAAAAAGGGAUGACACAGGAUCUGAAGAGUGAACUCAGGGAGGUGAGGAAAGAACUCAAUGAAAAAAUGGAAGAGAUAAAAAAGAUAAAGGAUCUAAUGGACAAAGAUUUCGAUAAGCUUCAUGAAUUUGUGGAAAUUAUGAAGGAAAUGCAGAAGGAUAUGGAUGAAAAGAUGGAUGUUUUAAUAAAUAUACAGAAGAACAAGCUUCCCCUUCAAAAACAGCCAAAGGAGCAACAUGAACUCGGACAGAUAGGAAAGAUGGACAAUGACUCCCAGCUCGGACUCAAGAAAAUGGAAGACUCCAGUGGGGGUUCAUUAGCUAGAGACAAGAUGAUGAUGUCACAAAAAGCAAAGAACGAUGUGCUGGAUUCCCUUCAUUCAUGUCAGAGUUGCUACGAGACCAUCACUCCACGCCUGGGCGCCCUACUCACCUUUGUCAUCUGGAGCUGCUUUCUGAUUUACCUGUACUUGAACCCCGACGAGAUGGACUAUGUGCUCCCAACCUAG